CCGUUAAACCUCAUCGAAGAAGAAAGAAGCUUGAACGCAUCUGUUGUCCCUCCGAUUUAUAUCCUCACUCUUUGCUUUUUCUGUCAUUCUGCGCCCCGGCCACCUGCUCGACCAUGGCUCUGUUGAAGUCCAGCAAGGUCAUCUCCAGUAUUGGGACUUUCUCCCCAUCCCUGGGAGUUUUGUCUACCCGUAACAGCUCAUGGUGGGGUGGAGUGCAGAUGGGUCCCCCUGACCCCAUCCUGGGGGUGUCGGAGGCCUUCAAGAGGGACACCAGUCCGAAGAAGAUGAACCUGGGGGUGGGAGCCUACAGGGACGACCAUGGCAAACCCUUUGUGCUCGAUUGUGUCCGCAAGGCAGAGGCUCUGAUUGCUUCCAAGCAGUUGGAUAAAGAGUAUCUGGCCAUCGGUGGUCUGGGGGACUUCACCAAGUCCUGCGCUCAGCUAGCCUUGGGGGCUGACAGUGAGGUCCUCAAGAGUGGCAGGAACAUCACUGUCCAGACCAUCUCAGGAACCGGCUCUCUGUGCAUUGGAGCCAACUUCCUGUCUCGUUUCCACAGUGCGUCCCGUGACGUGUACCUGCCCAAGCCCUCCUGGGGGAACCACACACCCAUCUUCAGAGAUGCUGGCAUGCAGCUGAAAGCCUACCGCUACUACGACCCCUCCACCUGCGGCUUCGACUUCAACGGGGCGCUCGACGACAUCUCUAAAAUGCCAGAGAAGAGUGUGAUCAUGCUGCAUGCCUGUGCCCAUAACCCCACCGGUGUGGACCCCAAGCCUGAGCAGUGGAAAGAGAUCGCUGACCUGGUGAAGAAAAGGGACCUGUUGGUGUUCUUUGACAUGGCCUACCAGGGUUUUGCCAGUGGAGAUAUUGAUCGUGAUGCCUGGGCUGUUCGUCACUUCAUCGAGCAGGGCCACAAAAUUGUCCUGUCUCAGUCCUUCGCUAAGAACAUGGGCCUCUAUGGUGAGCGAGUGGGAGGGUUCACUGUGGUGUGUAACGAUGCAGAGGAAGCUAAGAGGGUGGAGUCUCAGCUGAAGAUUCUGAUCCGGCCAAUGUACUCCAACCCUCCAAUGAAUGGAGCCAGAAUCGCUGCCACUAUUCUCAACACACCAGACCUUUAUAAAAUCUGGUUGGAGGAGGUCCACGGCAUGGCCAACCGCAUCAUCAAGAUGAGGGAGCAGCUGGCGGCCAACCUGAAAAACGAGGGCUCCACUCUCGACUGGCAGCAUGUCAUCGACCAAAUCGGCAUGUUCUGCUUCACAGGCCUCAAGCCUGAACAGGUUGAGCGUCUGACUAAGGAGUUUUCAGUGUACAUGACCAAGGAUGGUAGAAUCUCCAUGGCAGGCGUCACUUCCAGCAACGUGGGAUACCUAGCGCAUGGAAUCCACGCCGUCACUAAGUAAAAAGGAGAAUGCUGGGAGAAACAGCGGGGGACGGUGGUGCUAGACACAAUCCAAAUUAAAAUAACUGAAAAAUA